AUGUCUUCGGUACUAACUAAUCCAUUGUACCGCCCCUUGCUUGAAAUCAUAAGAUCAGCACGAAAUGGGGUUGUUUACGGAGGUAAAUUGCGGUUUUCGCAUGCCUUGGUGAUAAAUUUACUCUACAAGUCGGGCCCGCUACUACCAAGAUUGAAACUGGUAGUCGAAGCAACCAAAGACCACGCGCUGGUGUUGGCGGCAUUUGCAAUCAUCUACAAUCUAGCCGUCAAAGUCUUGCAAAACGAUACGUUUUUGGGUCAAAAGAAUUUGCCCUUGUGCAAGUUUAUUGCCGGUUGCAUUGGCUCGUGGAUAGUGUACUCGGGCCAUUUCAACCUAUUCCACGGCGGCAUAACGCACCAAAUCACCUUGUACUGUUUUUCUCGAGUCAUGAUUGCCGCUGGCAAAAUCAUCUUGGACAAGUACUUGACUUGUGCUCAGCCCAGUUUUGUGAAUUACCAGGGUGAGUCUAUCUUUUACAAAGAUUUGAAUAACCAUCAGCAAAAGAAGUUGAAGAAUUUGAUCUACGACAAGCUGUGGAAAUACUUUGCCAUUUUGACCUGGGGGUUGGUGAUGUUUAUCUAUGAUUAUCAGCCACAGUACUUGCAGAGCUCCUUGCGCCAUUCAAUGACCUAUAUCUAUGACGUUGAAAUGGAUACUUGGAAUGACUGGAGAGAUUUUUUCGGAUUUUGA